AUGGAUCCUCUUAAGCAACUGGUGUUUAACCAGCACAUUUUGGUCAAACUUCCCUCUGAUAAUUUGAAGAUAGUUGAACUCAAACCGAAUGGAGUUCUGUCGUUAGGCAAGUUUGGUGCUUGUUAUGUGAACGAUAUUAUUGGAUAUCCAUUAGGCACGACUUUUGAAAUAUUAUAUGAUGGGAAUGAAACUGAAGUAGUUCGUGGUUCCAAUUCUGUUAUAGGUAAGGUACGUGUGUGCGAACAAGGUGUAGAGAACCUUGGUUUGGCAUCAAUGUCUGAGUCAAGUACUCCACAGCCAGUUGACUUUACUAAAGUAGAGAGCAGCUAUACAAACGUGAAUUUAAUCGAUAUCGGUCAUAAGGUACAAAAGCUGGAUCAUAAGGAAAUAGAAAAAAUGAAGCUGGAAUCAGUGUCUGGUGAUGCUAUUAUAUCUAAGAUGAUUGAAUCGCAUGGUAGUUUUCAUCAAAAAACAAUCCAUUCCCAAGAGAAGUAUUUGAAGAGAAAGAAGCAAAAGUUUGCCAAAUAUUUCACUGCAGAAUAUUUGGGAAGUUCUGAACUAUUAAAGUUUUUAUUAGAGAAGGGUGACGUUAUGCGAGUUAUGGAUCUUUCUGAAGAAUCUCUGGGAAUGAUAUUGAACCUAUCUAAUAUUCGAUCACAUGGGACCUAUCUAUGUAUGGACGAAACAGGAGGCCUAAUAGUAUACGCAUUAAUGGAAAGGAUGUUCGGAGGUAGAGAGGACAGUGAGAGUGGUACAAUAGUGGUAGUACAUGAAAAUGAACAUCCAAACUUGGAUUUACUAAAGUUCUCGAACUAUUCAGAAGACUUCAUUAGUAAGCACUUAAAGACUAUAUCUUUAUUAGAUUACUUUGAGCCCCCAACUUUGGAGGAAGUAACCGGUUCAUUCGUGCAGCUGAGCAACGAGCAACUAAGAGAACUAAAGAGUAACAAGAAGGGCGCAUACUACCGACGCUUAAAACGCUACCACGCGGAUAUGGAAAUUAUCAAAUUUAGUUCUGAAGUUACUUAUGAUGCGUUGGUUGUUGGAUCGACGUUGCAACUAUCAACUCUAAUUCCAAGAUUGGCCCAACGUGUCCACGGGUCUAGGCCCGUGGUGUGCUAUGGCCAGUUUAGGGAACCCUUAUUAGAAUUAUCCCACACCCUGUAUGCUACCCUACACUUUCUGGCACCAACCUUGCUUUCUGUCCGCUGUCGUCCUUACCAAACAAUCAGAGGCAAGCUGCAUCCACUUAUGACUAUGCGGGGUGGGGGCGGUUAUAUACUGUGGUGCCACAAGGUGAUUCCUGCUGAACAGCAGCCGGAAGGGAAACUGGUAGAACAAGCAGAACAAGUAGAACAAGCAGAACAGGCAGAACAAUUAGAACAGGAUACUUAUGAAGGUAUCACAAUUUAUAAUGAGCAGAAAGACUCCUCAGAUAGACAAAUAGCAUAA